AUGGGUGACGAGAAACGCGACUCCCGUGGUGGGAGCACCGAAGCCAACGAGGAAGGAAGACCUCACAAACGGCAACGCAACUUCAUCGCACGGCAAGCAUGCGAAGCAUGCCGACUGAAGAAAACGCGCUGCGAUGAAGAUAUGCCUUGUAGUCUCUGUCGAAGCUUGGGGAUUGAAUGCACCUAUGCGGAGCGCAAGCCAACCAAGAACGAAGUUUCGAUGAGCAUGGUAUUCAGUGCCCUGAGACGAAUGGAGUCAAAACUCGAUGGCCUGUCCAAUACAGUAUCUGCGAAGUCCGGCCCGGAGCCUGAAAUCACCAGGCGGGAGUCGAGCUUGCAAGAGUCUCCUUACCAUUUGGAUUCCGUCGCCUCACAUCACUCGUUUUCGUCACCACUUCCAAGUACCAGACAGAUGCACCGACACUCAUACGGCCAACUUGUCCUUUCGUUCAGUGCCCACCAGACAAUCCACUGGCCCGGGGUGCAAGCUUUACUACCUCAGAACCUAGCUUCAAGGGCGCACAGUCUCGAGAAGAGUUACCCGACUCAGCUGGAAUCAGGAAGGCUUUCGCUGACUUCAACCGUCUCGGCCCAAGCCGUGGCUCUUACAGGAGACUGGCUUGCCUCUCUCAGCCUCGCCUGCGUGAAGGAUUUGUCGAACGCUUGUUUCGACACCUUCAACCGGGUAUACCCAUUCAUUGACCGUAAUCACUACUUUUCCAGCACUCUCUCUGUAGUGGUCAGAGAAGGGUUUGGAUAUGAUAUGGAAUCCUGCUUGGUGCUCAAUAUUAUGGCCCUUGGCUGCAUGGGGUUGAAAUCGUUCGAAGAGGGCGGGUUCGCGGCGCACCGUACUGCCAUCACACCCCUCAUCCGUCAUAUCAUGGAUGAAGAGAUGUCCGGCUUGAGCUUCUUCAACGAAGCCCGGAGGCGCGUAGGUCUCUGCCUCUGUGAGAGAACAAUCGAGGCGUGCCAGUACUACCUAACAUCAGCCUUGUACUUCGCACAGCUCAUGCGCCCUGUCGACAAGUGGAUGAUGACCAAUCGGGCAGCAGUCAUCUGCACCGCUUUCUGGAAAUGUCCAUUAGAACCUCACGACGAGUGGGCGACGGACAUGCAAGCAAGAUUAUUCUGGUGCUCGUUGAUGCUGGAAAGUCUUGUCGUUCAAGAAUUGGAGCUGCCACCCUCUAGCCUGAAAUCAUUUGAAGACGAGGUUCCGCUUCCGAAAUUCACCACCUACCCCUAUAUCGGCAGUUCCCGUGGUCAUCAGUCUGACGACUCGAUCUACCAUUAUCACUUCCUGGCGCAGAUCGCCCAACGUAUCAUCUUGAAUCGCAUUCGAGAUGAGUUAUUCUUCAGCAACCCGUCGACAAAGUUGGCCGAAGAACUACGCCAUCAGCUUGAACAAUGGCGUGCCAAUUUACCCGAAGCCCUUCGGUACGCUGGAGAGCAGGACUUUCCUUGUCCAGCUGAUGCUGUGGUUGUAGCCCUGCUGCAGAUGCGGUACCGGGUAUCGAUCUUCCAUCUAGGUCGACCGUUCCUGUACAAGGCUAUCCACAAUCCCGCUGGGGUUUCUGAUGCCGAGCUGAAACUAUGUGCAGAGGCCCUGGAAUAUGCUAUGGACUGGCACAUGACGCUGCCAGUGUGCUCGAGUAUGAAGAAUUUCGCCCCACUCAAGUACUUUUGUUGUGGUCAGUUCUUUGGGCAGCUGCUUAUUUUCUACGCAUUCAAAACCUCAUCGGAACGACGGUUGAGAGAUUCACUGCCUGCUGGUUACGAAAACUGGUGUACCAAGAUGUUAAGAUUCAUCUGGGACUUUGCUGACCCCGAGUCUAGCCCGACCAUCGCCAAAGAUUUUGAGUUACUUUCAACCUUAUAUCAUGUUGCAGAAAGCUAA